AUGAAUCAAAUUCUGUACUACUGGAUUGCCCUCUGCUUCUAUGCUAUUUCGACUGAUGCGUUGGCCAUAUCUGAAGCCACGAAGCGGCGGGAUGCUGGGUAUAUCUAUCAGCCUGCACCAACUCCCAUGCCCGACUUUCAAGCCUUAAAGCAUCUGGAUCUAGGGAGGAGACAAGCUUCUACUAUAGUAGAAACGACCUUCACAGUUGUUGUCAGCCCUGAUUCGACAUGUGGUUUCCUAUCAGGUUCACCAGGGAAUGCGAUCACCUGUUCAAACGGAGCCCAGUGCAGCUGGGAACUGGCUCAUGUUACCGCCAUAUUCUGCGGCACAACUGCGCAUCUCCAGUGUUUGGAAAGAGAAUAUGCUCUCAAUACUGAACUUUGCGAUGACGUCUGCCAGGAAAAUUCUUAUAACCUUCUCUGCACUGAUAGAACAGCCCCGUACUGUGGAACGUAUGCCUAUCCUUCUGGCAUACGAGCAUUCAAAUGCUCAUCCCGUACGAUGACAAGAUAUCAAAGUGUAUCUUUCAUCUACAACAACCAGAAUGAUCGUACUUUCUCAACAACAAUAUUUAGUGCCGACCCGACGGAUGUGACGCCUUCAGAGCCGACAACCAUCGGAUCGUCCACGCUUUCGUCAGAAUCGUCAGCAACUGCAGACGCAGAGCCCACAGAAACGAUCAUUCCUGGUGGUAGCGGCGGAUCUAAAAACAAUAUUGGAGCCAUAGUCGGUGGUUCUAUCGGCGGCUUCCUCGUCCUCUCAUUUCUAAUCCUUGGGCUGGUCUGGUUUCUCCGAAAGGACAAAAGAAACGAAAACUCCCCUCCUAUUCAACAAGUCCAACCGGCUGUGGUUCCUCAUCAAAACGCUCCCCAGACUCCAGGGGAUAGCGUGUUGCCAAUGAACCAGAACUACCCGAAACCUGGAGUUGCCUCGCCCACAACAACUGAGUGGCGUGAAUCUACAAUCACAGCACAGAAUCCAAGCAGCCCUGUUUCAUCUUGGACAGGGCAGUAUCCGAGCUCUGAGAUGAAUCAAGUUACCUAUCAAGAGAUGCCUGGUCAUUCUCCUCCUUAUACCCGUUGA